AAAUUAGGAUUGGGGGGGGAGGGGUGUGUGUGUGUGUGUUUUGGUUUUUAGCAUUUUCCUGUCAAACCUAGGUACCUUUCUGUUUGGUACUUUAAUGCUGUGUGAGUUGUUGGAGGUCAGCAUUUAAAAAUGCCCUGGCGUUUUAUAUACCGGUCAGGCUUCCUGACCAAAUAGUUUCUUUUCGGCUUAAACGCCGUCUGUGAAGGAAAAGUUUUACUUGAUAGGUCAGGGUGGCGCAGUAACUGAGUGUCUGCCAGGUGACCCGGGAAGAAUGGGAAAGGGAAGGGGGUGAUCGAUGCUUUUGGAAAUCCUCAGGGUUGGGACUCGCCAUAUGUCUCGUAACUUCCUAGAUUUUUGCAGUAACUCCUUUCGUGACAGAAAGAAAUCCUUAACACACCACUGUUGACAGUUCACGAGGCAUCUGUGGAGGAUCUUCUCUUGGCAGAGCCAGAACCAGACCGUCCCGGGAAAUGCCAAGUCACGGGCGUCGUUCUGGGGGAUGGGAGCACCGUGCGUGCUGCGAGUGUUAUCCUGACCACCGGUACAUUUCUGAGGGGCAUGGUCCUCAUUGGACUGGAGACGCACCCGGCUGGGCGGCUGGGGGACCAGCCAGCCAUCGGGCUGGCUCAGACUCUGGAGAAACUGGGAUUUGCUGUGGGCAGGCUGAAGACCGGGACGCCGCCCCGACUUGCCAAAGAUACGAUUGACUUCAGUGGUCUGGAGGAACGUGCAGCGGACAAUCCGCCGGUGCCGUUCAGCUUCCUCAGCGAGUCUGUCUGGAUCAAGCCAGAAGAUCAGCUGUCAUGUUACCUGACUCGCACUACCCUGAAAGCCCAGCAGAUUAUCCGCGAUAACCUCCACCUCAACAACCAUGUAAGGGAGACAACAAGGGGCCCGCGGUACUGUCCCUCUCUUGAAUCAAAGGUUCUGCGCUUCCCAAACCGAGAACAUCAGGUGUGGCUGGAGCCCGAAGGCUUGGAGUCCAAUGUCAUUUACCCCCAAGGCUUGUCGAUGACGCUGCCACCCGAGCUUCAGGAGCAGGUGAUCAAAUCCAUCCCAGGCUUGGAAAAAGCCAAGAUAUUACAGCCAGGCUACGGGGUGCAAUAUGACUUUUUAGAUCCCCGUCAACUGACUGCUUCUCUCGAGUCUCGUCUUGUUCAGCGCCUCUUCUUUGCAGGCCAAAUAAAUGGCACUACGGGCUACGAAGAAGCUGCAGCUCAGGGUGUGAUUGCUGGGAUCAACGCUUGCCUACGGGUUCAUGGCAAGCCCCCUUUCGUUGUCAGUCGCACUGAAGGCUACGUUGGUGUCCUGAUCGAUGACCUUACCACUCUGGGCACCAGCGAGCCCUACCGGAUGUUCACCAGCCGUGUGGAGUUCCGCAUGUCCCUCCGGCCUGACAAUGCCGAUGCCAGGCUCACCCACAGAGGUUUUGAAGAAGCUGGGUGUGUGUCACAGCAGCGAUAUGAUCAGGCAGUUAAGAUAAGAGCUGCUUUAGAGGAUGGAAUUGCAAUGCUAAAAUCCCUUCAGUUCAGCGUCUCCAAAUGGUCCCAGUUAACACCAGAAGUUCCCAUUAGCAGCAGUCGAAGGUCGCCUGUCAGUGCCUUUGACAUCCUUCAACAUCCAGAGGCCAACAUGGAGGUUUUGGCAAGGGCUGUCCCGGAGCCCCUGGGAAAGCUUGCUCAAUGGAGAGAACUCUCGGAGAGAUUGAAAAUAGAAGCUGCUUACGAGUGGUGUGUGGUCAAUCAGCAGCAGGAAAUAGAGGAAGUGCGUCGCGAUGAAGCCCUCCAACUGCCGGAGGACCUGGAUUACUUCGCCAUUGAUGCAUCGCUCUCAACAGAGGUGCGGGAGAAACUGGAGUCUAACCGUCCCCAGACGAUUGGUGCGGUCAGCCGCAUCCCUGGGAUUACACCAGCUGCUAUCAUUAACCUGCUGAGAUUUGUGAAAACCAAUCACCAGAAGACAGAGAAGCUAAAAGCCGUACCUCAGACUGACAAGGAUUUACCAGGGGAAAUGUGCUCGGAGAAAGCAACUCCCCAAAGACAGAUUGCAGCAGAGUUUUCCGAAGAGGAGCCAGAGAGCACCUUUGUUAAAACACCUUUGUAGAGAAGUGUACCCCUCCUACUGGGAAACGUGGCGGGAUCACCUGUGCUCAUGAGCCUCUUCACAGAUAAAACCAACAUUGGUUCUAGUUGUGGCAGUGUCGUUGAGUAGAGCAAAGGUGAUGAAUGCGCAAACCUUAAGUAAAUGCUUGAGAACCUAAAUACAGCCUGUGGUUUUUGCCAAUCCAAACGAAAAGGCAGGGGAGUUGCGUUUAAAAUUCCGCUCAUUUGGAAGACGUCAGGUGGUCAAAAUCUGUUUAAAGCAUCUUGGAAAGGACGGCAUUUUACUCUUCUGAAAUGAGUAAGAAAUGUUACCAUGCUGAACCUACGGCAGCACAAGAGGACUUGAGCUGGGAAGUGCCCUCGUUGACUUUAGUACUUGUGUUUAUAGCUGCACAGUGACUACGCACAGUCUGAUGUUCUAGUGUGAUGUCAGCCGAUAGGGGACACCUGGUUACAAAAAAGUGUGCCACAUGAAUAUUUAAGCUUAAAUAGGAGAGUGACUGCAUGUAAACACUAUCCUGGGCAGUUUUUUUCUCCUUUAAAACAAAUAAAGCUUAUCGUGAAACUUGCUGAUGACCUUGGUUGUCACUCGGCAGUUCCCUGGUCAUACAGGCAGAUGGGAGCAAGAGAAAAACGGGAAGACAUUUUACGCUAGGGGACACCAAAAGCUGUCACCACCCAGUCUUCGAUGGUCUCAGUGCUGCUGGAAUGGUUGUGAUGGUGCAGCAGUGGCUGUGUGAAAUGUCUCAGUCGCCCACUUUGCUGGCCCUUGCAAGUACAGACGUGCUACCUAAUUGAACCUUGCCUUUGGGCUUUGCACCUUGCAGCUCGGUGACACUGCCCUGGAGCGGGGCCGGCCGACAGCGGUGGGCGCCAGGCACCAUCUGGAAGCAGCUGUACCAGAUGCGGAGCCAUCACAUCAUGUGUCAUGAUCUCAGUUAUUCUCAGCUCUGCCACAAGUAGGGAAAUCCCGGGGAUUCGUGCCCAGAAAUGAGUCGCGGGAUUUACCCUUGCAAGGAAGCGACUGCAGCAGGGCAGGGCAGAGCCGCUCUGCUCUUUUUCGGGGUUGCCCUUUGCUUUCCCCUGUCCCCACCUUCUCCAAAGCAUCCAUAAAAGCACUUUAGCAACAGGCUACAUCUUUCUAGUAAUAAUAACUAGCAUUAACCAUUCAGUAGGACCAAAUUUACAAUUACAUUUAAAUUCAUCUUUUUUUUUUUUUUUUUUUUUUUUUUUUGAUCUGGGAAAGGCUUGUUUUACACAGGUAACUCUUUUAACACCAAACAAGCCUAUGUUUCUUUCUCCAAAGUACCCAUGCCCUGCUAGCAGAGCCACAGUCCAGCUUACAAAAUGCAAUAUU